CGACGCGCGCAUUGAUACAGAAUUAGAAAACAAGAAAAUACUACGCUAACAUAAUAUUUUCGACUUAUUAAAUUAAUUACUUUACAAGAACGCGAUGUUCUCCCUCACAAUUAUACGAAGUAAAUAGUUAUAAUAUCUUGAUUAAGAAUGUAUACUUUAAAAAGGAAGACGAUGUAAUUAAAGCAAGAAGAAAUUAUAUAUAUCAUAAUAUGCAGUGGUCAAAGAUAUAUUCAGAUUAAAACCUUCUACUGAAAGGUCAGGUUAAUUCAAGAAUGACUCGAUCUAACAGAAAGCGAGGGCGCGAUGCAGAGGAAGAAUCUAGUGAAUUUAUGCCAUUAAGUAAAAGAAUCAACAAUCUUCAUAUUAACAGUUUAUCAGGCAUGCAGGAGUGUAUGAGUGAAAACAUGGAUACAGACUGUAGCGGUAGAAGCUUUAUGCCAUCACCAAACUACUCUGAGCUUUCUCAAGGAUCACCAUUAUACGAUGGGUGUAGUUCUAGCCAAAGUAGUUACACAACUGAAUACAAACCUGAUCUGGAUGCUAGUGAAAAUCCUUUUUAUUAUGAAAGUAAUAAGUUGUUAUUUUCUUUGUAUAUGGAACGUGUACAAAGAACAUCUGACUCAUUUUGAUAUCCUUAUUAU